UUUCCGUUUCUUUGAAAUUAUCACUACUCCCUAGUGGGAAGUUGUUGCAAAGAAUUUGCAGACGGCCCCUUACAAUCUAUCCAAUCACAGCAGAGGAGGUUUUGCUUCCGGGAUUGUUUGGUGAUGUGGCUCUGAAGUCCAUCCGAGGGAAAAAAAAAUCCAUUAAAAGGCAGAAACAUUGACGUCUAACACUCGCACAGUCCCAUCUUUAUGUUUAACCGAUUGGCCACAGUCCUCCAGGAGCUCUCUGGAGAGGAGGGUACAGAUGGAGACCCAGAGGAGGUGCUGGUGUCUCAGCCACCUGCCAGUGAGGGUCAGGCUCCAGAGGAGUAUGAGGUGUCCGAGGAGGCCAUGGAGAGACUGGCUCACCUGGAACAGUUAGUGGUCCAUCUGAAGGUGCUCAUUCAAGACAAAGACACCCAGCUGGUCCAAAAGGACACUGAGUUGGCUCAAAAAGAUGCUCAUCUCAAAAAUGAAAAAGAAGCAGCUGAAGCUCGCUUCACCAAACUCAAACUGCAGGCCAAAGCUAAAGUGGCUGCACUCAGCAAACAGAUAACCGACUUGAAAGGGCGUGAAGGAGAAGUGAGCCCAGAAAGCUCUUUUAGCUGUGCUGGAGUUGAGGAGGAGGUCCAAGAACUUAAGAACAAACUGAACGAAGAGGAGGCUAAAAGCAGGAAGCUUGAGGAGCAACUCCGAGCCACUAAGCAGUUACUUCAGGUCAAGGAAACGGAACAUGUUGAACAGUUGCGUGUGCUGCAGGCUGUGGUCUGUGAGAAGGAUGUACGUUUCCAGGAGCAGAUCCAGAAACAUGAAGAACUGCUGAAGGUCACACAGUCUCAGAACGGCGCCCAGCUUCAGCAGGCUCUGCAUGCAGGCCAGCAGCGAUGUGCAGAACUGGAGGAAUCACUGAUGUCUCGUUGCCAAAUGCUGGAAAUGUUGCAGGAGGAAGUCAGUAGUGCUGAUCAGCAAAAACAGAUCUUAACGGCUCAGUUCCGUCAGAUGGAGCAGGAACUCGCUGAGGCGGUUAAACGGAGAGAGGAGGAGAGACGCCAGUGGGCUGAACAGGCCGGCAGGUUUGAAGCAGAACUUGCAGCCACCCGAACCAACCAGGAGGCUCUGGAAAGGGAGAGAAUGGAGGUAGCGAGACUGCAGAGUGAGCUGGCCUCCCUCAGAGAGGCAGAGCAUGUUACUCAGCAGACUCUAGAAAGAGAGAUGGUGGAAAUUGUUAGAUUGGAGAAAGACCUGGCUCUGACGAAACAAGCUGAGCUCGCAGCCGUUCAGGCACUCCAUGAUGCAGGCAAGAGGGAAUGUGAAGAAAUUGCUCAUUUUGAAAGAGAACUUGCAUCGAUGAGAGAGGCAGAGUCUGCAGUGCACCAAGCUAACAAGGAAGCCUCGGAGAGGGAGAAAUCGGAGGUUGAUAAGUUGGAGAAAGAGACGACUUCCUUUAGGGAGGAGCAGGGAGAUGACCAAAGGAAAGACUUGAUCUUGGCAGAAAUGUGGCCACGUCUACGUACCUUAGCUCUCGGGGGUACGUGCCCAGUGGAGGAAAACCUGGUGCCUGCUGACCUCUCCUCAUUCCUGGAUACUGUCCUGUCCAUUGAAACUCAACUGAAAAGGAUAAAAGAUGAACAGAAUGAAACGGAGGAGCAUUGUGCCCAGCUCACUGACACUAUGGAAGCCCUUCAGGAAAAACUUGACAGAAAGACAACAGAACAUGAGGAGGCUGUUACCAACAUUCAGCAGCUCGAGCAGCAAAUUAAAACGAUGUCUGAGGAUUCACUGGUCCAGCGUUCGUCUGAGGAAGAAAAAGCACACAUACUGGCACUGGAGGAGCAACUCUUAGCAAAGGACAAUGAGCUGGCUGAAUUGCAGCAGUCCCUCUUACUAGCUAAGGAUCAGAGCUCCAUCAUGGCUGCAUCACCUGAACAGGAUCAGGAGGCUGGUACGACUUCCCACGACAGUUCUGCAGAUCAUCCUGACUUCCUUGAAGACACACAAGAAGAGGAGACAACUUUAGUAGCUGAGGACACCUCUGUUGUCUCAAAUUCUGUUGAUAACAGCAGCCCAGAGUUUAUACGACACCCAUCCGAGUCUCCAGGUGAGUCCAAAGGGGCGUCUUCAGAUGAGAUGGUCACCAGUACUGAUUCUGAGGUGGCUCACAGCAGCUGGACCCUCCUGGAAGAUGUGACUUCAGAGGGAGGCCACGAGUGGCCGUCUAUUGUGCAGGACUUUGGCACAAUGCAGCUGCAUUCAUGGGAAGAGACAAGUGUGCAACAGGAAAGCACUGCAGUUCAAAUCGAAUUUUCAUCUGUUACCAUCCAAGAGAGAGCAGAACUUCAGGUAACUCAGGAGGGUGCUUCACCCACAGGUGCUAUUUUGCCAUCUAGCCAGGUUUUUGACCAUGUCCUAGCUGAGGAACUCCAGAAGCGGUACAGUGAGCUUACGGCUGAACACCAGUGCCUCAGAGAGGCAGCUGCAGCGUCGGAGGAGAAAAUCAAGAGUUUAGAAAAAGAAGCGCAGUCUCUCUCUGCUGCUAAAGAAGAUGCAAAAUCCGAGAUCACUAUCCUGGCAGCCGACCUUGCCUCAGCCAAAGAGGAGUUUGAAAAGAUUUUGCAGGAAAAUGACUCCAUGAUAGAGAAACACUGCAUUGAAAUGCAGCUAUUAGAAGAACAGAUAGAAAUUUUGACGUCUCAAAGCAACGCCAAGGAGGAGAUGAUUCAGGUUCUACAAACGGAUUUGGAAAUGGUUCAGCAAGGUCUCUGUGAACAGGAGGGUCGUGCCCAGAUGUUGAGUGCUCAGUUAGAGGAACGAGAGCUCCUUUCUUCUGAUCUUAAAAGCAAACUCAAAGAUAUGGAGACAAGCAUGGUAGAAUACUCCCAGACGCUGGAGCUCAACAGUGUCUCUAUGUCAAAAAAGGACACUGAGAUUAGUGAACUACAGCUGUGUCUCAGCCUGAAAGAGCAAGAGAUGAUGGAGCACAAUGAAAGUAUGACUACUAAACUCCUCCAAGCAGAAGAAGAGAAGUCACUGAUAGAUGGCGAAGUCCUUAAUUUAAAACAGCAGCUGUUAGAACUUGAGAAAUUCAGAGAAGAGAAUCAGAAAAUGAACUAUGAAAGUGCAGCGACCGAUUUAGAUGAUGAACUUCUUAGUUUAAGGAAGGACAAGGAGGAGCUGGAACACCAGCUGGCAAACAUGAAGAAGAAGUUGCAGGCUGCACUUGUGCAUCGUAAAGAACUUAUGAAGAAAAUUUCAGCUUUUGAGGAAGAAGAAAAGAAGAAAAUUUCUGAAGGACAAGAUGUCACAGCAACUGGAGAAACUCCUGUCAAAGUAGAAAUGUCCAGUACGCACAACAUCCAAGAAAUGGAGGUGACAUUCGACGAAUUAAGGCAAGCUUUAAAAGAUAAGGAGGAGGCAGUUCAGGCAAUGAAAGAGAGAGCUAACAAACAAGACCAAGUUCUUGCUGAGACCCUUGCUUUGAAUAAAAAGCUAAGUGAAGAAGCUGAAAAUUCCCAGCAGACGGCCAUUUUACAUGCAACGAGUGUGCUACAAGAUCGAGUCGAGUUUGAGUCAGAGUGUGAAAUGCUACAGAACGAACUUCAGAAGGCAAAUGAAGUUCAUGAAGAAACUGUUCGCAAAGCAAAAGAGAAAGACGAGCACUAUCGUGAACAACUGGCGCAGCAGAAAGAAGAACACAUUGAGCUCAUGCAGCGUUUUGAGGUGCAAAGUAGCGAACAAGAAGUUCUUGUUACUAAAUUGAGAGAAUUGGAAGAACUGCAGAUGAACACAAAAGUGAGCACUGAAAUGGGAAACCUACCUCACCAAGACACCAAACAUCUGACUGAAAACCUGGAGAAGUCUGCAUCAAGCGAUUGGGCCCAGGAGGAUUGGGUGGAUUUUUCUGCAUCUGAACCUGAAUCAUCACAGCCAGAACCCAGUGAGCCCAUUAAGCAUCCUAUAGAGCAGUCUGAGGUAAUCUCUGCACAGAUGGAGGAAUCUUUGAAAAUGCUCAAAGAUCAGGUCGAGUCUCUGCAGGUGGCUAAUACACAGCUGGAGAUGCAGCUACAGGAAGCCCAGGACAGUCUGUCCCUGAAAGAAACUGAAUUGAUGGAACUGGGUAAAGAGGUACAAGCUCUAAGAGAAAAAGACAUACAAAUUAGUGUAGUCUCAGAGGAGAUUGGCAUACUCCGAGAGAAGUAUCUCCAAGCUGAGUCUUUUGCUCAAACUCUGAAAGCAGAGAUGGAAUCUGCAGACAGAUCUGCAGAUUCUAUCACAGCUCUUCAGCAAGAAGUGGAAGACUUCAAACAAUUCCUCACCAAGAAGGACCAUGAGAUCACAGAGCUAAAUAAUCACAUUACUGAGCAGAACUCUCUUAUAUCCCUUAUUCAGGCAACAGUACAAGAGAAGGACCAAACAAUUGGUUCUUUAGAAGAACAACUUAAGGUUGAGCAGGAGAAAACCAAGUGGAUCAAAACUGAGAUUCCACAAAAGCAAGAGGAAGAGAAAGACAGUGAGGAAAAAAUCCAUCAGCUUCAACGGAAGCUUCAGGCUGCUCUGAUCUCUCGCAAAGAGACUCUCAAAGAAAACAAAUCCCAGAAGGAGCAGCUAGCUUCAACUGAGAAGCUCCUCGUAGAGCUGCAGCAGAAAGUGGAUUUGGCAGAAAAUGAAUUGGAGAAUCUAAAAGUUGAAAAAGUUAAGUUGAUUAAUGAGGUGGACCAAAUGUUACUGGAGAACCAAAGCCUGGGAUCAUCCUGUGAGAGCCUCAAGCUGGCCAUGGAAGGCAUAGUGAACGAGAAAGAAGCCUGUAAGAGAGAAGCUGCGUUGGCAAAAGAGGAGGCUGCCAGGGUAGGCAGGGAAUGGGAGGGAAAGGUCCAAGCCAUGAAGCACGAGUAUGAAACUCUACUCACGUCCUAUGAAAAUGUGAGUGAUGAAGCGGCACGUGUGAGACGUGUGCUUGAAACUGCCAAGCAGGAGAGACAGGAGCUGGCGGCCAAAGUGAGGACGCACGAGGCUGCCCGGCAGGAGGCCGAGCGGCACACCGAAGAAGCUCAAAAAGAGGUGGAGACGGUGAAGGACAAAAUGCGAAAGUUUAUCAAAAUGAAGCAGCAAAAAAUCUUGGAGUUGGAGGAGGAGAACGAGCGACUUAGAGAGAUGGAGGAAAAGAGUGAAGUAAAACGAGAGCGCAGGACUCUCAAAGCUGAGUUUGAAACACUUCAAGAGCAGCUGGAGACGGCAAAAGCAGAUCUGAAUGCUGCAGUGGCAGAAAGAGACUCUUUAGGGGAACAAGUUGAAGCUCUGAAAGAACAGCUUGCCACUGUGGAAGAGAGAGAGAACAAAAAAAUGGAGGUUGCUCCUUUUAGCACAACGGUCGUUGCAGAAGAAAUUGUCACCGCGCAGCGAUCUCACACAUCUACAACAAAAACAGAGCCUGUUGAAGGGCAGCUUGAAGAUAAAGAAAAGCUGUUGACUCCAGAAGAGGUUUCAUUUGAGGAUGCUCCAGAAGAUGAUCUGCAUCCUCUCGAGGAGAGCCCAAAAACUGACCAAAGUAUUUCCAGCACAUUGCAGAAUAAAAUCAGGGAGAUGGAGGAAGCUUUUAACACUGAGAAGGAGCUAUGGCAUGAACGAGAAGAUAAACUCAAGACUGAUUUGGCCUCUCUUGAGCAGGAGCUUGAAGAAAGUAAAGAGAAGGUGAAUGUUUUGGCCUCUCUAGAACAGCGCCUCCAAGAUGGCAACGAAAGGGAAAAAUGCCUGAUGGAAGAUGGUUCAAAGAGAAAAGCCCGGUUCAAAGAACACCUCAGGAACCUUGAAAUGGAGAAGGACAACCUGGAGGAACGUCUGAUGAACCAGUUGGCGCAGCUCAAUGGGAGCAUUGCUGGAUACCAGCAAGAGGCAGCAGAUACCCGGGAAUGCCUGACUAAACUCCAGCGCACCGUGGAGAAGUUGGAGGGGGAGCGAGCUGAACUGGAGGCUCAGGCUCAGAGUGAUAGGGACCGAGCCUGCAGGUUGGAAGAAGACAUGAGGCAAGCUCAGAGAGAGAGAGCUGAAGCUGAAGCAGAGGCUGGCAAGCAGAGAGAGCUCCAGCAACAGCUGAGGUCUGCUCAGAGGGUCAAAGAAGGCAGCCAGAGCCGAGUACGUCAACUGGAAGAUCUGCUGAGGGAAAAACAGCUGGAGGUCCGUCAGCUGCAGAAUGACAGCAUCCAAUAUCAGGAACGAAUCAGCGAACUGGGUAGAGAAGCUAAGGCACUGCGGUUAGGCCACGAUAAGCUUUCCAAGAAACUAGAACAAUCUCGAGGAGAAACUUCCAAAAGCGUAGAGGAAUUGAAAAGGACUGAAUCAGAGUUGACUAGAUGCAAGUUUGAAUUGGAUGAGGCUCAGAAACAGGCGAGCAAAGCUUUAGAGGAGAAAACGAGUAUUGAACAGAGCGCCUCGCGGAGGGAGGCUCUGCUGAAAACUGAGGCUGAGCAAACUUUGGACUCUGUGCGAUUCAGGCUUGGAGGUGAACUGAAGCAGAUGGAGCUCAGUCUGGAAGAGGCCUACAGAGAAAGAGAUAAGGAAGAGGAAGCCACGCUGGAGGCCAGAGGCAUGGCCGAAAGAGCCGAGCGACGGGCACAGGACGCACAAGCCCGCCUGGAUGAGUCUCUGGCUAGGGCUAGCUGCUUUCCGCGCUGCAUGUCUUCACUGCAGGAUGACCGUGACAGAGUUCUGGAUGAAGCCCGGCAGUGGGAGACUCGUUUUAAUGACGCACUUCAGACUAAAGAGGCUGAACUUCGUGUCACAGAAACACAACUGAAAGAACUCUCAGAACAGCUUCAGAGAGAAUGCGCCCUGAAAGAAGAACUUCAGCUUUCUGUGGGCAGACUAGAGAAAGCAGACAAAGACUGGCAGGUGAGAUUAGAAGGAGAGCAAAACAAAGUCCGAGAGAGCCGAGCUGUCCUCGACAAAGAGAGGACGAAGCUGCAAGAAACCAUGGCGGAGUUGGAGCGCACGCGGCGUGAAGCCCGUGCCUUGAAAGAUGAGGUGGAAGGUCUCUCUCACAGAGCUCAAGCUCUGGAAGAAGCAGUAGGUCAGCUGCAGGGUGAAGUCAACAAGGCCAGAGAGGAGCUGAAAGAGAGAGAGGCCGAAGAGAGGUGGCUGUGUCUAAACGUGGAGCAGCUGGAGAUGGACCUGCGAUCCUCCAAGACCUUAACAGAGACUCUGCAGACGGAGUUAAACGAGAAGGAAAGGCGAGAAUUGGAAAUGUUGGAGGAGAAGGAGCAAGCUGUGGUUCAGGCUGCAGAGGAGGCCAGAAGAGAGGCCGACGGCAGGGCACAAGAAGCCCAGGGCGAACUGGAGCAGAAAAGGGAUGAAUUACGAGAACUCGAAGAUAAAGUACGACGCAUCGAGGAAGAGAGCAACACCAGUAAAGCCAGAUUAGACUCUUUCAUGAAGGCCAUGCGCUCCUUGCAGGAUGACAGGGACAGAGUCCUCAACAUGUACAAGCAGCUAGAAGAGAAACAUCUACAGGUCAUGAUGGAGAAAGAUGAUCUGAUCCAAGAGGCUGCCACAGAGAACAACAGUCUGAAGGAAGAGCUGCGUUCUCUGCUCAUCCAGAGGGACGACCUGCACGCCGAAAAGGCCAAACUCUUCGCUCAGCUUCACGGCUACCGUGACGAACUCAACCAAGUCUUGAGCAUGAAAGACUCCCAACAGAAACGGCUUCUGACAGAACAGAGACGACGUAUUUCCUCACUGGAAAAGGAGCGUGAGGAGUUAGAAGCUCGGCUGAAGAGCCUGAGGCGAGAUGUAGACGCUGCAGACGCCAGAGUGGAGACUGAAACUCUGAGUCGUGCUGUUGAUGGUGGGUCACAUUUACACAAGGUGGAUGCUCCGGGUGCAGAAGUUGAGAAGCUGAGGGAGCAGGUGCAGGCUUUGGAGGCGAGCCUCCUCCAGGAGAGAGAAGAACAGACCAGCAGAAAUAAAGAACUGGCUGAGCUGCGCUGGGAAGGAGGUGUGAUGAGGACCGAGUCGGAGAGUGCUCAGGAGAGGGUGGCAGAAUUGGCCCGAGACCUGUUGGCUGUCGAACAAAAGCUACUAGAGGAGAAAGAGGCAACGUCUCGGCUGAGAGCAGAGAACCAGUCAUUUGCAAAAUCCAUGGCCUCCCUCCAGGACAGCAGGGACCAGGCAGUAAACAAAGCCCAAAAACUCAGCCUGAAGCUGGAAGAGGUGACCAAAGCAGGAACUCAGACGGUGCACAGUGGUGCCGGAGGCUCCACUGGAGAGGUGUGGGGCCUGAAGAACGCACUGCAGGCCCUCCAGAAUGACCGCGAGAGACUGCUGGAGCAGCUUCAGAAUCAGACGUCGGAGCUCCAGAAGCAGAAGACGGAGUUGUCCCGGCUGGGAGCCGGAGAGCUGAUUAAAGUCACCCAGCAGUUCUUUGAGGAGAAAAAGAAGAAUGAGGAGAUGCUGGGUGCCGUGACGCAGCUGGAGAACGCAGUGGAAAUGGGGAAGCGUGAGAUAGAAACACUUCGGCUGGAACGUGUUGACUGGAUGGCUCAAGCAGAGCAGCUGAAGCAGCAGACACUCGCUACGUUGUCGGAGAGAGACCAACAGCUGCGCCAGCUAAGCACGUUGCUGGAACAGGCGCGCAUUCGCGAGCCCAAAGUCAACAAGGAGCAGUAUCAGCGAGAGGGUGCAGAGGAGGUGGACAGUGCACCCGGAGCGCCACAGGAGCGAAACAGCACGCUGACAAGCAACAGCUACAUCGCUGAGGUUAAAGAGCUGCAGCAGAGGCUGGAUGACGAGGUGCAGCAGAGGAUGGCUGCAGAGGAGCAGCUCAUGGCCACACAGGAUCGACUCAAACGUCACAUUCAAGCGAAGCAGCAUUUUGCACAUGAAGACGAUAGUUCUGAAACCGCCGUCUUCAUCGAGCCGCCAGAAGGAGCCGUCACUCGAACUCGGAGAGGCGGUCCCGGCCUGAAGCGGACGCUCCGCGUGACCUUCUGCUCGCGGCAGCGCACCCCUCUGCUGUUGGGCAUCUAUCUGCUGACUGUGCACGUCCUGCUGCUGCUGUGUCUGUGCGGGUUCCUCUGAGACCAGCUCCUUUUGUCCGCUCAGCAGCAGAGAGCGGGGAAAGUGGAAGCGACGCAAAGCCAUCUUCAUGUUUGACAUCGUUACCUAUGAUGCACGCACGCACUACAAAACGAUGCACUUUAUGGGAAAUAUCGACUUUACGGUUUUGCCAAAGUAUUUAGAUUUAUACAGGGAGUUACUGUCACAGAUUUUAGUCCACUCACAUGUGACUUUAUUUUUAAAAUCCGGGCACGAAGCAGAGCCUUUUUAAAGGAGGAAAACUCAUUUCAUGGAAGAAUCCAGAUUUACAAUCAGAGGUUUCGGGUGUGACUCCAGCUCAGUUAGGAGAGAGGUGGGUGGGUUAAAUCCCCAACGAGCACUGGUGAAGUGUCCUUGAGUCAAGACGCCGAAGCUUACAACUGCUAACCUUACGGGAGGAGCGGUAUGAUUCCUGACGAACGCGGGAAACUGAUGCAGAGAAAGAAGAGGACAGGUGGUGCCUUCAUGUGCCUUUAGAGUCACACACAUAAGAAUCAGUUUACUAAAGGCUUGAUGUUUUUCAUGCAGUUAUGCUCCACUUUCUUCCUCCUCAAAACAUUUUAUGCACAAAAUUGGAGCGCAGUGGGGUUUUUUUCUUUUCCUCUUAACAUUCCUGUUUUUCCUCUGAUCACAUUUAAUAAAUUAGUGAUUGAAUAUAUAUAUAUAUAUAUAUAUAUAUUUGUACAAAUGUACUUUUUGGCUGGAGGUGGCAUUUACCUGAACUCAAGAUUCCCGUUCUGACCUUCUAUUUCACUUUUUUUUUUUUUUUUUUUUUGUGCUGUUGAUUUUAUGUCUGGUGAAGAAUCAUUCAGGUGUUUGUUUCCAGUGUAGAUUUGUUCCACAGGAGGAAAUCAUGUUACGUCUACCCCAUUAGUCAGUAGCAGCAUAAUUUAUUGUCCAUAAAAUAAAAUAUUUAGUCGACUCCUCAGUAUGUAUGUGUGUAUAUAUUCCGAUAUUCCUGUUUUUUUUUUUUUUUUGUAGUAUAACUGCUGCUUUCUACUCAUCUAUGAUUAUUGAUCUUAUACUUUCCACUGUUGAUUUCACUGACACACUAUUAAAGGGCUGUGUAGAAAAAUGUGAUUAAAGCCUUUUGUUUAAAUCA